CCACUAGAUGUCGCCACGUUCUCGGUGAAUGGAAAUGUCAAAGAUGACUAUUUUCAAACAUGACAAAAGUUUGUUGCCAAAUAAGUAAGUUUUAAACGGAAAAUGGCCGAUAGUAAAAGUGAAAAAUUCGUGCAUAACAACGUGAACUCUGAAUUAGAAAACAAACCGAAGGACUGCGGCGAAUCGUUAGCAAUAAAAAAUAGAGAAGUAAUGGAACCAAUGUUGUUGGAAGAUUGCGAUGGAUCAAAGUUCCCUCUCUGCUUUAACAAUGUGUUCACAUACUGCAUCAAAAGUGGUAUAUGCGUGGAUAAAAAUGACACGAUGGCAAUAUUUAUUUACAUAAUGAUGUUGGAAGCUGGAUUUGUCACGCCGGAUUAUUCCAACCCACAAGAGGAGAGCACCUGUAAUGUUCACUCCAGCUUCCAUUACCAACGUUUUUUACACCUAACACGAGCACUGCCAAAGAAUUGGAAACAAAACAAUGUCUACAACUUCACGUUUAUUUUAGCACCGUUCACUCAGCACCAGUGCUCAAUUACAGCUAUUGUUAUCGCUGACGAUUUUGUAGUUAAUUGUAAAGUGAAAGGCAUAAGCAACUCCACAUUUUGUAUGCUUAUAGACCCUUCCAUGUAUGUUGUGCAAAGUGGAUGUCUGCUUUCGUUGAAUAUCUAUCAGAAUUUGAAGACAUUGUCGGUCACCUUUAAAAAUAUCAUCUCCAAUUCGGUUAAAACGUUAAUUUUAGAUCAUUACUCGCUACGGUCUUCCUCCCUACAGGGAUUACCACCCGAAAUACUGUUCAACAUUUUUAACUAUUGUGAUCGUAACACCAUUAACUGUAUAAAACGAACGUGUAGAUAUUUCGAAAAAAUGUGUACAAAACAAGCAAGUUAAGGUUUUUGUGGUAGCAAACCGAAUUAUCGCCGCUUUUAAGGAAAACCUGCAGUGCCCUGUACUUCUCUACCUGUGAUCUUACAAUAAAGGAGUUUUGACGAGA